CGAGCUUAAGUUAUUAUUCAGCGCCCCGCCAGACAGUGACUCCAUUCAAGAGCGGGGCUUCUUAGUUUUUACCGAGAUCCUGCCUAUGGAUUUUCAAAAACUUGCAGAAGACUCAGAGGAUAGUUUCUAUUAUUAUUAUAAUAAUCAUUUUAAAGCUAUGGUUUGUAUCAAUUAAUGUUUGUACUUUGUCGAAAUUUCAGUGUUUACCCGUUUUAGAGUUUAAGUGAUCUUUAUUUGCACUUUAUCAAUACUUGCGAUUAGGCAACUGAAAACCACCGCGCAUUUAUUUUCCGUAAAGCUUCGCGACGGGUAUUUUUCCGUCGGUAAAGGCGCACUCCGUACAGUCAAAAGUGAAAAAACGUUUUUAGCCGGUUACGGAAUUGCGGGGAGUCCCAAGGAAUGGAGGGGAACCGGGGAAGAUUCCCAUAUGUCAUGUGACUGAGGUGUGCCCUGUUACCUGGUCUGCAUCAUCGGCAUCAGAAAUGUGGAGCAUGAGAUACGAGUUAAGAAACUAAGACUGAUGUGGUAAAGUGUGGUUCUUACAGUAUGAUAUCGCAAUAUAAGACGUCCUGCUGGAGUUUCACUCACAUUACUGGUACAAAUAAUCUAUUUGGAGCCACAUGUUGUUUAACGAGGGAACAAAGAAAGCGGAUUUUCUUCUUUUCUCUGAUCACUCAUUACUUGAUCUCAGGUGGGAUAUUUCAUAAACUGUAAAUUGCUUUAGGACAGCAAAGUUUCCGAAACCAUGGCUUUGUCUCAGAUCCAGUGUCUGGACGAACACAACGUUAACAUGCGGACGAACGAGACCAAGCCGGAGUUCUUCUACAGCGAAGAUCAGAGACUGGCGCUGGAAUCGCUCCUCCGGGACGGACGCGACGCCUUCGACAAAUACAUCCAUGCACACAACUUGCGAAUGUUUCUGUCCGACCUCGAGUUGGAGCAUCUGACAGGGACCGCGGAGGUUUACGACCCGGGAUCUGAUCAUAUGAAAGCAAAGGGAGAGGGUGGCAGCGACGAUGUGGAGCCGUCACUCCAGUACUGGCCGGAGCGCUCCGAUUGCUCGAUACCAGACCUGGAUAUCGGGUGGCCGGACUUCGUCUCCUACCGAGGAGUGACCCGGGUCAAUGUUUACACGCAGCCGCCGAUGGAAGGACAAGCGCACAUUAAAGAAAUCGUUAGGAAAACCAUAGUGCAGGCGCAGAAGGUCAUUGCUGUUGUCAUGGACCUGUUUACAGAUGUGGACAUAUUCAUUGACCUACUGGACGCCGCCUUCAAAAGGAAGGUGGCCGUUUACAUUAUCCUGGAAUCCACCGGAGUGCCGCACUUUCUGAGCAUGUGCAGACGGGCCCAAAUGCACAAGGGACACCUCAAGAACCUGAGGGUCCGAUGCACUAGAGGGGUGGAGUUUCAUACCCGAUCAGCCAGGAAAGUCUUUGGGUCCUUGGCACAGAAGUUCAUGUUUGUGGAUGGGGACAGAGCAGUAUCUGGGUCGUACAGUUACACAUGGACAGCUUCCAGACUGGACCGGAACCUCAUCACAGUUCUUACAGGCCAGGCGGUUGAGACCUUCGAUAAGCACUUUCAGGACUUGUAUUCGGGGUCUCAGAGUGUGGACCUGAGUGAGGUGGACAUGGGGGACGAGCCUGAGCCGGAGCCGAUCACGCCACCUCUCCCGGCACCGAUACCUGCUGCUGUAGCCCGCAAACGCAUCAAUCCCAAAUACGCAUUGGUUAGCAGUAAUCUCCAAGAGUCUGAAAGUAAGAAGGACUCAGAAAAAAACAAAGGUAGCAAAGAUCCUGUGCCAAAAGUGCUCCGACCUCCACGAGAGAUACCAGAGCCGAUCCCAAUUCACCCUGGUCUUCUGCAUCUCGAGCGAAUCAACUUGAUUCCAUACCUGCCCACCUGGCCUGAGCCUGAUCCUCCGAGUGAUGUCAUAGGGUUUAUCAACGUCCGCGACUCCAGCAAGCCCAUGCACGCCUACCUCAUGCGCUCCGAGCUGUUCGAGACAUCACAGGCCAUCCGAUUCAAAGAUCCCUUCGUCGUUCCAGAAGAACAGCUUCCUGAGAAGGCCUGUCCCACACAGAAACAUGGCCCUCAGUUAAGCCAGAACCAAUCGUCCCAACACCAAGAAAUCCACAAGGAACCCGGGAACAGAGCACAAAAUCUGGAUCAAACAGGUUCUCCAAGGACCCAGAACCCCAAACAAAUACAGUCUCAAUUCCAAGGAGCCCUAGAUGACCCAGUUUCUGAGGACAUAGAAGGCAAAGAACCCCAACACCAUGGAAGUAACACUAAGAAAGGUCUAAAACGUCUGGACCAAACAGGUUCUAUAGCUGCCUUGGAACCAGAACAAACAAACUUCCAACAAAGAGGAUGCGUAAAAGACCCAGGGACAAAAUCUGAGACGCUGAAUAGCACACCCGUCCUGGCAAAAGAGGAGACUGCAUCCCCACCAGUCCCCAAACCAAGAACUAUUCACCUGGUAAUUGAUGCAGCUACUUGUAAAGAGGUCAGUGCAUUGAAGCUGUCUGAAAACCAUCCAGGUCCAUUGGGUGUCACUUCUUAUCAGGCACCUCACAGUACUACUAAACAGGACAGUGUGUUCUCCUCAGCUACACUAUCAGAUGGUAGUGAGACAUGUCUGGACAGAGAUGAUCAGAAAGAAAAACAUAGAAAAAUGACAUCAGAUGAGCACAGAGUGAAUGAGUCUCCCAGGAAGGGGUCUGCUGCCUCGACGACAUCUGAGGAAUUUUUUGAGUGUGUUGACAGUGCCGGGUCAGAGCUGAAGCCAGGGCAUUUAGUCAACGGAGCACAUGCCAUGUCAAUUCCUGCGGAGGAUGACAAGAAUCCUAAUGGACUGCAAGCGGUUACCCAGUUUCUGAAAGAUCCACCGCUGGAAAAAGAUAAAAGGUUGAACAGAGAGCUGGUUAAAAAACAGCAAGUCCAAGAAAACUGCAUCUCCAUAGACUCUUAUGGAGACAAAAUGAAGUUUAAACAUGCUUCCCGCCAUUCCACGGGUAGCACUAUCCCGUCCGUCCAGCAAGACCUGGAACAAGGUCGCACCAAGUCAGUGGACGAGGGACUUAGAAGAAGCCGUCGUGCAGUCAAGACAAACCGUGGCAAGGCGGGACAGAGUGACCAUCUGUCUCACAAUAGAGUGCAUUAUGCUCACGGAACCCGUGCCGGAGACGUCUCAGCUCAGAUGGGCAAUUCUCAGAGCUUCCUUUAUAGGCUGGCCCAAGAACAGCUGGUUAAACCCAAGACUGGUAGGCUGUCAAGCCAACGCAGACUAUUCCGCAGCACCCUGUACCAAAGAGUGUGGGUUGAUGCAUCUCCAGUGGGUUUCAUAGCUACGCCCGCCUCACCUGCUCUGCAUCCUGCAGCUCACCUGCUUGUCCUGACAGAAUGGAAGCUGAUGCCUGGCACAAGUCCGCCAAGAAGCACCUGCGCAGACAAGACUUAACACCUGACUCACCCCUGCUGCAGCCACACCUUUCCACAGAGAAAAUCGUUAAGCUCACCAUUGUCUGCUCCACCCUGUUUGCAAAAAAGAAAAAACUGGGGUAAAAAAAAAAAAAAACCUGGAUGUGCUCCAUAACCACCCAAACAGCUCAUGUCUCGCUAAGAACGGAAUUACAGCGAAACAAAAAGCAAUUUCCUGUACUUUCACUCCGGUUUUUCAAAUCUCAGCUCAGAUAUGACCUCUAGUUGUGAGCUUUACUCGUCUUAUCAUCUAGAUUAGGGUCUGACAGCUCAGUUCAGCUUAUCAUGAUACUGUUACCCUUCGCUGGUCUAUCAGGUGCGUGAAGUUUGUCAGAAGUUUGUCAGAAGUAAACCAUCCUUCACCUCAUUUUUCGGCUGUUUUGUGAUAUAUUCAAUAAAUACACUGUACACUG